CUUCCCGGAAGUGUCCGGAUUUUAUCCCAAUAUGGCGUCGUGACGAUUGGGGUGUAUUCUGAAUCUGUCAAAAACAGCCGUGACAGUUUCAUUGCUGACAUUGUGUGUGCAAAAUGAAACUGUUCCCGAAAAUAAUUACAGGGGCCUUGCAUGCUCAAAACAAAAAUGCUUGUGACUGGGGCUGGCAAGGGAAGCUGGCCUAUGGUUGUCACAACUUUGUCACUGUGGUGGACCCAGGGACUGUCCAGGUUAUUCAAGUGCUGGAGAAACACAAGGCCAAUGUUGUCAAGGUGAAGUGGGGGAAAGAGAACUACCACCAUGACCUCAACAGCCCGUACACGCUGCGCCUGGUGUCUGCGGACGCUGCAGGGGUCAUCAUCGUGUGGGAUGUGGCCCAGGGUCAGGCCAAGGUCGAGUUCUCCGAGGGCAACAAGCCAGUGCAAGACAUGGAAUGGCUGCGGCACCAGGACGCAUCCCGUGACCUGCUGGUGGCACUGCAUCCCCCGUACUCCCUGGUUCUAUGGAACGCCGACACGGGCACCAGACUUUGGAAGAAAACCUACACAGAGAACCUGCUGUCCUUCUCCUUCGAUCCCUUCAACUCCAAGAAUGUUGCAUUUUUGGGUCAGGACUGCAUCGUGUUCAUUGAUGACUUCACAAUCACCAAGACCCCGUCCAGCAAUGGCAAGAAGUUCUACAUAUUCAGCCCAUCUAGUCAGAAUUCCUCCACGAACCAGACCGGGAACACCAACAGCCUGGAGAGGAAGUCUUCAUCCAAGAACCUGGCACAGAGGAUGACCAGAAUCUUGGUGGGCGAGAGUAAACCAAGCAAGGCAAACCAGACUGAUGAAGAGACCAUUGCUCUAAAUGAGUGCAUCCAGUUGUCAUUCCAUCACUCAUGCCGCCACCACCUUCUCCUCCUCUACCCUAGAGAGCUCCUCAUCCUUGACCUUGAGAUCAACCAGACAGUGGGGAUUAUCUCCCUUGACAAAGCAGCCUCUUCCUUUGCCCAGAUUAUCCCCUGCUGGCAGAGAGAUGUGUUCUACUGUCUGCACGAGAACGGCAGUAUAUCGGUGCGUGUCCGGCGCAAAACCAACCUGAUGUCUGCACCUGCAUCCGAGGGAACUGGAGCAUUUGAUGACACGCCACCUAAUGUGUCCUUGGAUGUGGCGUAUGACCUCCGCUGCCAGUCUGACCCGCUGCGGGUGACGAGACACAAUCGGGUGUACGGCAUCGCUGCCUCCCUCAUCUCAGAGCGGACCAUGGCUCUCAUCAUGAGCGACAGCAGGGUCAUCUUCUGGGACCUGCACACCAUGGACACACCGAUUGAGAUUGACCACCAGGUGGCCUCCCCACUGUACACCCCCGGCCUGACCCUGCCAUCCCCCGCCCAGCAGAUCCCGUCCCGCAGACAGGACUUCCCCAUCAUAUCCAGACUAGCAUACCCCAAGGUUGCUCUCACUGAUCUCAUUGGUCAGUCCCAGCUGCCCUUGGCUGAAGGUCAGAGGUCAAACAAAGGUCACACAGUUCAACUCAAGUUCAUCUUGACUGGGUUGCUGAACGGAAUCGCAGCUCAUGUCACCACCAUCAGAAUGUGUCCUCCCCUCACCAACAAGAACUGGAAUGUAUACGAACCUCUUCUGGCUCUAGGUACUUUCUCCGGAGCUGUCCAGAUUGUGAAUGUGGCGUCCGGACAACUGGACCGUGAAUACAGCCUGCAUUCUUCCAUGGUCAGAGGUAUUGAGUGGUGCGGCCUGAAGACAUUCCUCUCCUACGCCUACCCCAACCCUGGCCCCAGUGGACUGGUCAAGAACGAGGUCUUCUAUGUGGACAUCUUGUCUGGUAAGGUGACGUCGGUGAGGACACAGCGAGACGAGGAGUCCCGCAUAGAGUCGCUGCAGAUCUCACACCUCAGGCAGUACUUCGUGCUGGCCUUCAAGGACAAGCCCCUGGAGCUGUGGGACAUGAGAACUCUCACCAUCAUCCGGGAGCUGCCUAAAGCCUUCCCCCGACCCACAGCUGCUGUGUGGUCCCCCUCCCACAGUCUGAAAAGUCUGAAGAAGAAGUUGUUGGACUCAGGGGCGGAGGAGGACAAGACGUCCAUGAUCAAGUCCACCGAGGGGGAGACGCCGCCCACGUCCACUUCCUCACAGUCCAGUAUGUCAGACAGCACCACCAGCACCAAAGACAAGAAAAGCCAGGGCAAGAUGACAGUGAGGGAACACUUUGUGAUGACCGACAAGGACGGGACUGUCUUCCACUUCAUAGUGGAGGGGAGCCUCAUCUCGGAUGUCACCAAGAUACCCCCGGAGAGCGGUCUGAGCACCGUGACAACGUUGGCGUGGAAGGGGGACUUCCUGGUGUUCGGAGAUGUCGACGGCACUCAGUGUCUCUGGGACCUCAAGGCCAAAAUAUCCAGAACCACACCAUCCAGCCGAGGGUGGAUCAAGAAAAUCCGUUUUGCUCCUGGCCGGGAGAAUUUCAAAUUCUUCACCCUCCACAACGAUGGUAUUGUCAUCUGGGACAUCAACAAGGAGGGGAAGUCUGAGAUCAUGCAUUCAAUAAAGAGUCCCAAAGAGAUAGCUAAAGUUGUGGAUGCGGAGUGGGCGGGGUCGGACAGGCCGGUGGUGGUGACCGCCAGUGGGUGUGUCCACAUCUUUGACAUCACCAUGAAGAAAGCCACCUCCAGUAUAGACCAGUGGGACCUGACAGAGCCAGUGUUCAGCCCCCACUUGUUGCCGCCGAAGUCGUCGCAGCUGAUGAAGUGUCUGCUGCAGCACCAGCCUUGGACAGAGGAGUUUAAUCUCAGUCUCGAGGGUAUGAGGGAGGACGACUUGGACGUCCAGAGGAUUGUCAAUACACAGAUCCAGCUCAUAGACGGUGAUCUGUUGGCCUAUCUGCCUUACUGCCAGUUCGGGACAGCCCAGCGAUGCCUUCUCACAGCAAGAUUGUUCGGUGAUGAAUCUGAAAUCCACUUCUGGACCGUGGCCCUCCACUAUCUCCGCUCAACGAAGGCCCAGCCAGUCAGCAAGUCCCCAAGCCGUGUGACCUCGCAGGCAGACAUGACAGAUCUGUUUGUGCCGCAGACCCCGGGGUACAAGGAGGCGAGCGACCUCGUGUUGCUGGAGAACCCAGAGGAGACGGAAAGACAGCGCAUCCUCACCAACCUCUACCGCGACCAGCCGCUGGAGCGAUGCUACGAUGCCAUGGUCGACAACAGGAACUUUAAGAAGUACCAGCUAGACCGUGUGUCCCUCCAUGACAGCAAGCGGUCCACGUACGAUCACACUCAGAAGUGUGCCGAGAACUACAUGCUGCUGGGCCAGACAGACCGGGCCGUGCAGCUGCUGCUGGAGACAGAGGCCGACAACGACAACUACUACGUCGACAGUCUCAGGGCCUGCCUUGUAGCCAGCAUCAGGUCCUCAGGGGCCUCACAGAGCACCAUCAAACUCGUGGCCACAAACCUCAUCGCCAACGGUAAACUGUCAGAAGGGGUGCAGCUGCUUUGUCUGAUCGACAAGGGGCUGGACGCAUGUCGGUACCUGCAGACGUACGGCAACUGGGACAAGGCUGUCUGGCUGGCCAAGGUCAGGACUCCAUGUGCUACCCUAGACAACAAUGAGUGCAGCGAGGUGAUGAAGCGGUGGGCGGACCAUCUGUGCGGAACACAAGUCAACCAGAAGAGCAAGGCCCUGCUGGUGCUAUUGUCUCUGGGCCAGUUCUUCAAGGUGGUGGAGAUGCUGUACGGGAUGAGAUGCUUUGACAGAGCCACCUGCUUCAUCGAGGCCUGUCUGGAUUUUGGGGUCAUCGAGAAGACAUCAGAAACUGCAUCACUGAUGGAAGCAGUCUUUCUGGAACAUGCAAGAUAUCUCAGCAACCUUGGACUGAGGAAGGCUGCAGAGCACUACUGCCACCUGGCGGGAAACAAGGGCCAGCAACUCUUGAAGGAAGUUGAAAUACUAUUUGCCUAACACAUUAUCUUUGUAAAAUUGUGAAAUGUAAUAUAUUAUGAACCACAAAUGCAUUUGAAGAUUAGGAUGGGUAAUUAUGUGUGAAAGUGUUCCGCAGGUGUAAUGAAAGGUUAUGGGUGAGGCUCUUUAUGUAACAGUUGGAGAUAAAUAGAAGGCUUGUUAAAUACAAUGUUUAUUCCUAAUACGGGAUAUUUACCAUCACAAACACACAAAAGUGAUAACCUCUUUAUCAUAAUUAUAAUGUCAUUCUUCGAUUCUGUGCUUGAAAAAACUCUGCCCAUCUCUCACAAACAUUACCUAAACGUUGCAAGUUUGCCUGGAAUAUGCGCAUUAAUAUAUAUUAUGUGAGAAGGCAAGUGAUGUGUAAGUUGGACAGUGACAACAGUCAAUAUAGUUCUAACUGAAACCUGUUUCUUGUACUGUGGCGUAGCUACAUAUAGGCAAAACAACAAUUGCCUACACAAAUUGUUUCCUCUUUCAAUCUAUCGCUAUGUUUUCUACAGUAACUGCCCUUUAUCAAAGGGAUUCUACUCUGACCCUAGUCUAUGACAUGUCACUUUGUUUAGAGUCUGUCUGUCCUGUCAAAACAUUACGAAGCGACAAAACGAAAAUUGUUUCUCAAUUUAUAUCUCCCAAGUUGCCCAAACUUGUUAAAUGCCUAUUCACAGCUACAUCACAGUUAACGAUAGACACUGAUUUUCAGAAUAUUAGACAAUUCUUUUGAUAAUGAAAGCAAUUAAAGCCAGUAGUUUCUCCACAUCCCCCAUGGUUAAUUCUGACUCGAUCGCCGAAUGACAAGAGCGACACCAUGUUUGUUUGUAAAAACUAUAAUUAGUCCCUACUUGACCUUUGAUAUUUGCAUCUCUAUCCGCAGAUGGAUAUCAUUAUUAUCCUGCCAAGAAACCUACCCAUUAUAUGAUAGUGAUAUUUAUACAAAUCAAAUUGUUUAUGAAGGAAGGAAAAACAGUGGCAUUUAAACUCCAUUCAGAAAAGAUGAUCACUGUCGCUUCCUGAGUCUCAGGACAAGUUUGUAUCAACUUAAAGUGUCGAUAUGAACACACUGAAUACUGUCAUCUUCUGUAUUUGCACGCUGUAUGAUUACAAUGGAUGGGUUACUUUUGUCUACACAAGUAUUAGGAUCUUUUGUCUUUGCAAUGUUGCCCUUCUUUCAAUCGUAAUUUCACGACUGAGAUUUUGUAGAGGCGCUCCUGGGCACAAGUCAUAAUUAUGGAACAUACCUCAUUAAUAUAUGGUUUACCAAACAUUUUUUUAAGCAGCAGCCCUUUCAUGUUUGUCCCAUCAACAAUGACAAACACGUCUUUAUUGGUAUCUUGGUAGGGUUUUCUUGUCAACAAAUACAUGUGAUGGUAUGCAAGGAAUGUAUUUUGAAGGUGUCAUUAUGAUACUCAGUGUCAGUGAGCAAGCUGGUUGUGUCAGCUCAGUAGGAAUUGUGUCUAGUCCUUUGAUUCAUAGAGCAGAUGUAUUAGCUGUGUACUGAACAGUGGUACUAUGAGACUACACUUCACUGCCAGCUGUGAGAGGAAGUGCAGAUGAAUGCUAGAAUCAAGGUAAAAUCAGUGCACUCAGGUAGCUCAGUGGAUGGAGUGUCCUGGUCCGAUUCUCCACAUGGGUACAAUGUGUGAAGCUGAUAUCCCCUGCCAUGGAAUUGCUGGAAUAUUGCUAAAAGUGGCGUACAUACUUUCUCUAUGUUCAUGGCAUCAUCCGCACAGCAAGGCAGAGUGUAUGCUGAAUAUACCAGCUUAUUUGGCUCUUGUAAAUGUAUGUGUCUCCAUGAACUGCUCACUGAUCAUGUCUACUACUUUGGAUAUGGACACAACAAAUGGAUUACUUUGCCAACAACAGUAUGAAAUAUACUGAACAGCAAAAGAAACAUCACUUCAUGAAAAUAAUUCAAUUGAAUUAUCAAUGCCUUUUUUUUUAGGUAUCUUGUUUUUGACGUUAGUCUGUAUCCAAAUUUAAUCUUACUGGCCAUAAAGUGACCCAAAUAUGGAUAUAAUCGGUCGCCAUAACGCUUUUAAUGCCCACGUGAGAAUCAUCUACAGAUUAGAGCAACGAUACCAGGUCACCCACAGCAUGCAGUCAUCCUAAAGCCUGGUUUCUCUGAUUCUUUGUAAGUCUAGGCAUGGCGCUAGUAUUAAUACAAGAAUGUUGGAUCCAUGUAUUGGGGUGCCGUUAAUCAGAAAAGGCUCAAGGAAACCCAAGUAAUUUCUUUUUUUUUUAUGGAAAGCAUUCAGACAUUGUACCAUGGUCAUAUAAGCAUCUCCUAGUUAUCACUCUUUGGCCAAUAACAUUACAUUUGGAUACAGACUAACGUAAAAAAACAAGAUACCUAAAAUAAAAUGCCUUGAUAUUCAAUGGAAAACUUUCCUAGGCGAUGUUUCUUUUGCAGUCCAGUAUAUGUAUCUCUGUAUCCCCAUCAUAACUAUUUUUUAAAUGAAAUAAUUGUCCGAUGAAAAUGUUUCCUUGGGAAUGAAGUAUCCAUUUCCUCUCCAUACCAUAUUUGCCAUAAUAAGCACCCUGUCCACAUAGAACAUUAAAAAAAGGUGAUUAAAGUGAAGGAGUGAACAUAUACUACUGCACUCUAGAUAGGGAUAUUUUUUAUCUUUCCACAUGAGAAUCAUUGUGUAUAAUGGAAAGUGUCUAUCGGAGUAUCCCUAUCAAAACCUGAGUAGUAAAGCCACAUAGAACCUAUGUCUUCAUUUUCCUGAUGACUGAAGGUGUCAAUAACACAGACAUGUGGUCAAUGUAGGUCUCUGUAUGGACGGUGCUUAAUACAGCAAAUAGGUAAUAACAUUAGUGUUACAAUAAUCCACUCUUCUGGUAGAGGGAAUGAACUUCGGUCUUUCAUCAUGUUCAUCUAAGUGUGAUAAAUAUUUAGUGUAUAUACAAUGACUAGAAGUUCUACUACAUUCAGUGAUAUGGAUUCAUCCGUCAACUUGUACAGUACAGGCAAAGUGGUCUCAGCAUGGUGCUUGUAUAAAAUGUCCUACUGGUAUUGUAGUUUAGUUUUGUCUGAAAAAUCAAGAGAAACUUUCUUUUUUUAUACCAGAAAUUCAAAUAAUUAUGAUUCAUAAAAAUAAUGAUUCUUUCCAUAGUGAGUGAGUUGGGUUUAAUGCUGCUAUUAACAGUAUGCCAGUUAUAUCGCGUCGUGUCAGCUUCAUGUGGGAGGAAAGCCCGAAGUGAUGCAGGUCUCAGACAUUUACCACUUCAGUGAAACUCACGACCAUGGGUAUGGUGCUGACAAACCUAGAAACAUAUGAACCUAGAUUCAAACCCACAAUCACAGGUUUCUGGCGUGCCCAAGGGCCAACUAUGGACAGCGAAUUGUGCACCUUAGACAACUGGGCCACCCGUGUCCCCGAUUCUUUCCAUAAGCAUAUGAGUUUCAAGUAUCUUUGGAAUGUACAGAAACCUUCAGAUUUGUAAAGAUGUUCCAGUGUGUAAGGGCUACAAGUUCUGUUGUCUGUAUUUGUUUAAGUGUGCUUUUAACCAGCAUUAUAAUGCAUUCCUAGUUAUUUAUACGUGUAUAUUCUAUCUGCUUGUUCAUUGCAUAUGUACGCCAUUGAAGAAUAAAUCUUCAUAUGUUGA